CCCGUAAGAUUUGUAAGACUCGAAUAAAAAAAAAAUCUCAGAUCACACUCAUAAACCCUAGUUGCCUUACAACGCCGGAUUCCCUUCUCUCUCAUUAGUUUAUCCCUCUCGUAGAUUUGGGGUUUCAAUUCCAGCAGAGAUGGCACCCCCUGCGAAAGAUGUAAAGAAGGCUGAUCCCAAGGCACAGGCCUUGAAAGCUGCUAAAGCUGUGAAAUCUGGCUCAAGUACCUUGAAGAAGAAAGCCAAGAAGAUCAGGACCAAGGUUACUUUCCAUCGGCCAAAGACAUUGAAGAAGGACAGAAACCCUAAGUACCCUCGUAUUAGUGCUACACCAAGAAAUAAGUUGGAUCACUACCAGAUACUUAAAUAUCCCUUGACUACCGAGUCUGCAAUGAAGAAGAUUGAGGACAACAACACAUUGGUUUUUAUUGUUGACAUCCGUUCUGACAAGAAGAAGAUUAAGGCCGCCGUCAAGAAAAUGUAUGACAUUCAGGCCAAGAAAGUGAAUACCUUGAUCAGGCCUGAUGGCACUAAGAAGGCGUAUGUUCGUUUGACACCUGACUAUGAUGCCUUGGAUGUUGCAAACAAGAUUGGAAUCAUCUAAUUUGUAUUUUGCUCCAUAGUUGUUCAAGUAGAUGAUCUCUGACAUUUUUGAUAGGAACCUACUCAAUAGGAAAAACAUGAAGUUUUGUUUGAUGUUGCAAUGCUAAGCAGCAGCCUAUGUUUUUAUGGGUGCCUUUAUUUGCUUUUUUAGAAUGUGUCUGUAUUUCAUAACGCCUUUUGGUUCCUACUUCCUAAACAUAUGUGUUCAUCUACCAAAACUUUGAGAAGAGCCUUCUCUCCAGCAUUGUUCUUCAUUAUGGCUGAUAAAUGUAAGGUUAUGAAUUAAAACAAAAUUAAGUGUUUGAGUUGAUGUUAUUAAAA